AGGUGAUACAAGUGAUGAGAACAAACAGAGCAAUCGCCAACAGAAAAAGCUUACUAACAUAGUGGAAUCUCGAAAACAUCUUGCGACGUUUGCCAGCUGUUUGCAAAUGUGUUGCUUAUCAGCCUUUGCCAUCCAAAUGUCACUAGCUGAAGAUUCUGGUAACUUCUUCACUAGCUUAUCUGUCUCCUGUCUUUGUUGUCCUUUACUAUAUAUAUCCCUUCCCUGUUCAUGGUUUUUACAUCUUCUUCUUGUCAUUUUAUAUCUCACCAUCAUUACCACUUGGAAUGCAGGCGCCAAAGAGCCGAGAUCUCUGGGCUUACAAUGCCUACCUUAUAUUAUUCAACUUCUAGCUAUAUGCUCUUUGAUGCCAGGGGAAACGCCCACCGCCGAGAAUCUCCAUAGAGCAUGGGAGCGAUGUGAAGAUGCCGAAACACCUUCCUGUGCUCUGAAGUCCCACACGAUCUCUCAGGGCAUGCUGACGGCAAGUGAAAGACCAGCAUUGUUCAGGUCUACAACAAAGAAGCUCUCGGCCCUAGAAGCGUCCAGCAGUAUAAGUAUAUACAUAACGGCCAUUGCCGAGCUCCAUGCGAGCUACACAUUUCCUUGAGUAUAUAUUAUAACGUAUUGCCGAGAGCGUGCGUAGGAACGACCUACAAAACACAACAUGGCGGUUGAAGCAACUAGCGACACACUGAGACGAUCAGAAGAUGGGUUCAGUAGUGAAAUUCCUCCGCAGCUUCCCUAUGAAGGCCCGGUCAAAUGAUCAAUCUGGGGUUUUCAUGUCAUAGACAGAAAUCAUGUUAAC